AUGAAUAUUCUGUUCUUGUCUUUUCUGCUUGUUCAAAAUAUUGUAACUUAUUUUGAGCAAUUUAAAAAUGGAGUUAGCAUACAACACAUUAAAGACAAAAUUAAAUACGCAUACGGAUACAAUGUAUACAACGACAGUAAUGCGAUGAAAGAUACACGUGGUAUUAAUACCUUUGCUUGUUUUCCCUUAUUUGAAAAAUAUGAUUUUAAAAAAUACGAUUCUUUCUUCAAUUUUUAUAAAGAUGUUAACCCUUUUAAAAAUUAUGUAAAAAAUAUAGAAUUAAUGAAAACGUUAAAUGAUAAAGUAAAUUUUAUCUCACCUAAUAGAAUAUCUAGAAAGCUAAAGGAUAAAUGGCCAGAAUAUAAUCCACAGGAUUUUGUAGAUACAGAAGAAUACUAUAAUGAAGGUGAUAGCGAAAAGAAUCAUGAGCUGGAUCCGAUGCUCGAAGAAAAUAAUAAUGAUUAUAAUGGAGAUGCAGAAAGUUUUUUAGAACAGGAUAAGUCUUCUGAUAAAGACGACAAAUGGCCAGAAUAUAAUCCACAAGAUUUUGUAGAUACAGAAGAAUACUAUAAUGAAGGUGAUAGCGAAAAGAAUCAUGAGUUGGAUCCGAACCUUGAAGAAAAUAAUUAUGAUUCUAAUGGAGAUGCAGAAAGUUUUUUAGAACAGGAUAAGUCUUCUGAUCAAGACGACAAAUGGCCAGAAUAUAAUCCACAAGAUUUUGUAGAUACAGAAGAAUACUAUAAUGAAGGUGAUAGCGAUAAGAAUCAUGAGCUGGAUCCGAACCUUGAAGAAAAUAAUGAUGAUUCUAAUGGAGAUGCAGAAAGUUUUUUAGAACAAGAUAAGUCUUCUGAUCAAGACGACAAAUGGCCAGAAUAUAAUCCACAAGAUUUUGUAGAUACAGAAGAAUACUAUAAUGAAGGUGAUAGCGAAAAGAAUCAUGAGCUGGAUAUGAAUCUUGAAGAAAAUAAUGAUGAUUCUAAUGGAGAUGCAGAAAGUUUUUUAGAACAAGAUAAGUCUUCUGAUCAAGACGACAAAUGGCCAGAAUAUAAUCCACAGGAUUUUGUAGAUACAGAAGAAUACUAUAAUGAAGGUGAUAGCGAUAAGAAUCAUGAGCUGGAUCCGAACCUUGAAGAAAAUAAUGAUGAUUCUAAUGGAGAUGCAGAAAGUUUUUUAGAACAAGAUAAGUCUUCUGAUCAAGACGACAAAUGGCCAGAAUAUAAUCCACAAGAUUUUGUAGAUACAGAAGAAUACUAUAAUGAAGGUGAUAGCGAUAAGAAUCAUGAGCUGGAUCCGAACCUUGAAGAAAAUAAUGAUGAUUCUAAUGGAGAUGCAGAAAGUUUUUUAGAACAAGAUAAGUCUUCUGAUCAAGACGACAAAUGGCCAGAAUAUAAUCCACAAGAUUUUGUAGAUACAGAAGAAUACUAUAAUGAAGGUGAUAGCGAUAAGAAUCAUGAGCUGGAUCCGAACCUUGAAGAAAAUAAUGAUGAUUCUAAUGGAGAUGCAGAAAGUUUUUUAGAACAAGAUAAGUCUUCUGAUCAAGACGACAAAUGGCCAGAAUAUAAUCCACAAGAUUUUGUAGAUACAGAAGAAUACUAUAAUGAAGGUGAUAGCGAAAAGAAUCAUGAGCUGGAUAUGAGUCUUGAAGAAAAUAAUGAUGAUUCUAGUGGUAAUGCAGAAAGUUUUUUAGAAAAAAAGAAGUAUGAUGACAUAAAUGAUGACGAACAAGACAACUACAAAGGUUAUGAAGAUGAUGAUAACAAUACCGAAAGCUUUUUAGAAAAAGAUGAAUAUGAUACCUUUGAUGAAUUCGAUGAUUACGAUUCCGAAAGUUUCUUAGAAAAAGAUGAACAUGAUGACUUGAACGAUGACGAAAAGGAUGAUUUCGAAGAUUAUGAGGAUGACAAUAAUAAUAAUUCUAGUAGUUUCCUUGAAAAAGAGGAUACCAUUAUUGGUUCUAAUGAAAAUAAUGGAGAAGAUUUUAAAGAAGAGUAUGAAAACAAAAUGAAUGAUAGUGACUACCCUGAUGAUUAUGUUGGUUCAGAUGACAUAACAGAAAAUGGAAAAAAAAAAAAUAAUAAAUGGAGUAGUAUAACUACUACGAAUAAUAAUAACAAUAAGGGUAAAGAAAGUUUUUUAGAAAAAAAUGUAAAUGAUCUUGUGAAUAUGGAAAAACAUAGUACGUUCGUUUCCACAUACUUGGACGAUGAUCAUAAUGAUGAUAAUAAACAUAAUAGUAAGAUCUACAAUGAAGAGAGCUUCUUAGAAAAGAAGUCGGUUAAUCAUAAGGAUGAGGAUGAGGAAAAUUCUUUUGAAGAUAACAUUGAAGACAGCUUCUUAGAAAAAACAGAACACGAUAAAUCUUAUUCGGAUUACGAGGAGGACGACUUGGACGAGAACGAAAUGAAGGAAAUAACGCCAACCUACGGUAUGGAUGAGGACAUGUUUGACAAUCACCACUUGAACAAAAUGGCAUCCACUAAAGAUUUGCACGCAUUUAUACAGAAGGAUAUGGAUUAUGUAAACGAUCUUAUGGAUGAAGGAGAAACAAUAAAAGAUGCCGUUAAAAAAGGAGCUAAAAAGGAAAAGAAAAAAAAUGCACAAAAAUCUAGUAUAAUGGAUGAUGAUGAUUUACAAGAUAAUGAUGACUUUGUGAGUGAAGAAAUAAAUGAUUUAUCUGACGAGUCACUAGACUCUACUAAGGUCGAUACUCAAAAUAGUCAUAAUGCUAAGAAUAGUCAUAGUAGUCAGAAUAAUCAAAAAGCCAAACCUACUUUACGAAAUGCACAGAAAGCGAAAAACACCAAAAAUAGUACUAGCACAAAUGAAGGUUUUAAAAAAUCAAAUCAAACAAAUAAUAAAGAUAUAGAUAUAACAAAUGAAGAAUUGUUUACCGAAGAACCCUCUGCAGAUGUCAUUGAAGAUGCAUUCGAAGAAGGAGGAACUACUGAACCAAAUGAUAUAAAGAAAAAUAUGGACGAAUUAGAUAUAAAAUUAUCAGACCAAGGAGCUAAUGAAAAUACUUUAUUAAAUGAUAACAACACUAUAUAUAAUGCAAAAUUUGUUCCACAUAAAAAGAGAGAGCAUUCUAUCUCACCACAUGUUCAUCAUACUCCAUCCACAAAACAUAAAACUAGUAAGCAUCCAAUGGAUCAUUUGAUAUAUAUAACGGAAAUUGCGCAAAAUCAUGGAAUGUCCUCUGGGGAAUUGGUCGAACUGGAGAAACAUGAAGAUUCAAACAACCCUAUAAUUGUUGAAACGCAGGAGAUGGAUGUUGAAUUUAAUAAAAGUAACAAGUCCAGCAGUUCAUUAUCAUUCCUGAGCUCCAUCCUACUCCUUGUUUUUGGCUUUUUAUUUUUAAUGAAUUAG